CAUCAACAAGUGAACCAUCCCGAGGAUUGAGAGCAUCAACUGAAGAGAAUCCAUCUGACUCGGAGAUUCCAGUGAUUCAGUCAGGAGAAAGUUUGGUUAAAAACGAGAAGGAAUUUGUCUCCCAGAAGCUCAAACAUGGCACACCAGUUUUGCUGUCUCUGUCUAGAUAUUUAAGAGGUGAAGCAAGGGAUUCAAUCAACCUUCCUAUCUGAUCAGACUACGGGGCAAGAUUCACUCAGUCAUUUGACCAACUGGCACCUCCAUUAUUUUACACAGGGGAGAGCCCAUUCUUCUGCUCAGGCUGUGGGAAUGGAUUCAGUCAGUCAUCUCAACUGAAGGUACAUCAGUAAGUUCACAUUGGGCAAGGUCAUUCACCUGUUCUGUGUGUAAAAAAGUAUUUAGUCUGUCAUCCCACCUGUGGACCCACCAGUCAGAAGCUGGUCAUCUGCUAAAUUUCUGGGGAAGGAUUCACUCGGUCAUCUGACCUAAUGGCUCACCAGUCAGUUCACACAAGGGAGAAGCCAUUCACCUGCUCAGACUGCGGUAAGGGAUUCACUCGGUCAUCCUACCUGCAGAAUCAUAAGCAAGUUCACACUGGGGAGAAGCCAUUCAUCUGCCUAGAAUGCGGGAAGAAAUUCACUUCGUCAUCCAGCCUGCGGAGUCAUCAGCGAGUUCACACUGGGGAGAAACCAUUCAUCUGCUUAGAAUGUGGGAAGAAAUUCAUUUCGUCAUCCAGCCUGCGGAAAUGUGGGAAGAAAUUCAUUUCGUCAUCCAGCCUGCUGAGUCAUCAGCGAGUUCACACUGGAGAGAAACCGUUCACCUGCUCAGAAUGUGGGAAGGGAUUCACUCAUUCAUCCAGCCUACAGAGACACCAGCAAGCUCACACUGGAGAGAAGCCAUUCACCUGCACAGAAUGUUGGAAGGGAUUCACUUUCUCAUCUAACCUGAAGGAACACCAGCGAGUUCACACCAGGGAGAAACCGUUCACCUGCUCAGAAUGCGGGAAGGGAUUCACUUUCUCAUCUAACCUGAAGGUACAUCAGGUGGUUCACACUGGGGAGUGGCCGUUCACCUGUUCAGUCUGUGGGAAGGGAUUCAUUAACUCAACUGAACUGAUAGUUCAUCAGCGAGUUCACACUGGAGAGAGGCCAUUCACCUGCUCAGACUGUGGGAAGGGAUUCAUCAAGUCAUCUGAACUGAAGUGUCACCAGCGAGUUCACACUGGGGAGAAGCCAUUCACCUGCUCAGACUGUGGGAAGAGAUUCACUCAGUCAUCUGACCUAAAGGCUCACCAGCGAUUUCACACCAAGGAGUGUCCAUUCACCUGCUCGGACUGUGGGAAGGGAUUCACUUUGGAAUCGACUCUAGUGAAACACCAGCGAGUUCACACUGGGAAGAAGCCGUUCACCUGCUCAGUCUGUGGGAAGGGAUUCGCUCAGUCAAGUAACCUGCGGAGUCAUCAGCAACUUCACACUGGGGAGAAGCCGUUCACUUGCUCAGAAUGUGGUAAGGGAUUCACUAUGUCAUCUCACCUACUGAUACACCAGCGAGUUCACACUGGGGAGAAGCCGUUCAUCUGCUCAGAAUGUGGUAAGGGAUUCACUAUGUCAUCCCACCUACUGAUACACCAGCGAGUUCACACUGGGGAGAAGCCAUUCACUUGCUCAGAAUGUGGUAAGGGAUUCACUAUGUCAUCUCACCUACUGAUUCACCAGACAGUUCACACUGGGGAGAGGCCAUUCACCUGCUCAAUCUGUGGGAAGACAUUCAGUCAGUCAUCCUACCUACAAAGACACCAGCGAGUUCACACCGGGGAGAAGCCGUUCACCUGCUCAGAAUGUGGGAAGGGAUUCACUCAGUUAUCCAACCUACUGAGUCAUCGGCGAGUUCACACUGGGGAGAAGCCGUUCAUCUGCUCAGACUGUGGGAAGGGAUUCACUUGCUCAUCCCAACUGAAGGUACAUCAGCGAGUUCACACUGGGGAGAAGCCAUUCACCUGCUCAGAAUGUGGGAAGAGAUUCACUCGGUCAUCCCACCUACUGAAACAUCAGCGAGUUCACACUAGGGAGAAGCCGUUCACCUGCUCAGACUGUGGGCAGGGAUUCACACUGUCAUCCCACCUACUGAAACAUCAGCGAGUUCACACUGGGGAGAAGUCGUUCACCUGCUUAGACUGCGGGAAGGGUUUCACUCGGAUAUCCAACCUGCAGAGUCAUCAGCGAGUUCACACUGGGGUGAAGCCAUUCACCUGCUCAGAAUGCGGGAAGGCAUUCACUCGGUCAUCCCACCUACUGAGACAUCAGCGAGUUCACACUGGGGUGAAGCCAUUCACCUGCUCAGAAUGAGGGAAGGCAUUCACUCGGUCAUCGCACCUACUGAGACAUCAGCGAGUUCACACUCAGGAGAAGCCGUUCACCUGCUCAGACUGUGGGCAGGGAUUCACACUGUCAUCCCAC